CUAUACCACAUCAGGGGCCACGGGUGUGAGGGCGGGGCCGUUUGCUCGCUGGAAAACACUUCCGACCUGCAAGGCGGGCAGAGUCAGCGUGAACUCUCCGAAGUUUCACGCCUUUCUCAAGAAGCCACUGGGAGAAACAGGAGCGCCUGUUCUUGCCAUUUGUGAGGACAAUAGUUUGCCCUUAAAGAUGCCGGAGAAGUUGGAGCCACCAGGCAUGUCACCACUGGGCAAAGCGGCCUGGGAUGGAUCCCUCGACACCUGCCGUACAUUGCUCGCUGAGAAAGCAGAUCUCGAAGCCAAAGACGCUGCAGGGCGCAGUGUGCUCUCGCUCGCAGCCGCCAGCGGCAGGCGUGAGGUGGUGAGACUCUUGCUGGAGCAGUGCCUCGGAGACGAUGCGGCCGACCGGGGCGGGUUGACGGCGCUGCAUUGGGCCGCCAAGGAGGGAAAGAUCUCAGAGGUCCAAGAUCUCUUAGAUGCCAAUGCCAACCUCAAUGCCGCUGACGAGGAGGGGAUGACCGCCGUGAAGCUUGCGGCGAUCUUCAAUCGUGUGGAGGUGCUCCGCUGCUUGGUGGACCGCGGCGCCGAUGCCCAGGAGCCCUUGGAGCUGGCGAAGAAGUUGCCCCGAUCCGCGGAGGCUGCGCGAUUUCUUCAGUCCGUGGUGACUUGAAGAAAGUGAAGGUCUGCCGGAUCCGAUGUCUGACAGGAUUGCUUUGCAAAUUGGUGGUGG